AUGCAUAAUGUCUUCGACCAUGGUUUUGAGUCACUCACUGCAGUGGGUCUAUUAUCUGAAAGACGACGAAGGAAACCGUGCCCUCCUCUACUCUCGGCAGCAGGCAGGGAGGGAAUGAAUAGCAUCUGGUUGUGGAGGGAAAGGGUGACAGUUCCUAGUGGUGUUUGGGUUUGCUGGACGUGGACGGACCUAUCUGCUGCGUGUGCAUUUAUCAACGAAAACGCAACCACUCUAGCUAACACCGCUCCAGCACCAAACGCUAACAACCAAGAACCAUUGAAUUCAUUUGAGGAGCCAGGUGCGACACCUGAAACCUCCUCCCAGCCGGAGGUCUUUAAACCUACCCAAGACAAGGAGACUCCACUGGUGGGAUCUGAACCACCCGAUACACCCUUGGUCGUUGUGACUGGAGAAGGGAAUGGUAGUACCUCUGGUGGUACGGACACUUUGACGGGAUCAGAACCGUCUGAAGGAAGUUGUGACAUCUCUAAACAUGCGAACUCUCAAGAGGAGGACAGUAACAGGUCAUCAAGCCAAGUGAGAUCAGAGAAUGGGGAGAGAGCAAGGCAAGAAUCAGGCUCUACAGAGGGCAGCAGAGGGGAUGGUCCACCAACCAGGAGUAGAGCUCAACCUAUUUUAGAUGCCUCAAAACGACGGGAAAAGGAAGACAGACAGUAUAAAUACAGAUCUCAACAAUUAGACACGAGACAGAAACGACUUCAGGAGAUUAGACACAAAGAAACCGAUCACAGAGCUGAAAUACUUGAGAGGAAAAAGAGACAAGAGCAGGAGGAACUGGCACGUAAAGAAGCGAUCGUUCGACGUUCACGAGAACGCUCAGACAACGCCCGUGAGAAACGCCGCUCCUGGAGUGCAUUCGGUUCCCGUGACUACUCCUCUCCGGUCCCCAGCAGUGGGGCACCAGUUCCUGCGAGAGGUCGCAGCACAGACAGGAUGUCCGAUCGACAACAGACCUACUCGGGGGUGCUCCCCCUAGGCACGAGCAAGAGGCUAUCGAGCUCCGUGUCGGCCCUACACAAGCCAGUACAUCUGGUGCGACUGGGUCCCAACGAGAACGACUGGUUCGAGGUUCACAUACCGGAGCCGCUAUCCCGUAGGGGGUCGUCACCAGGCAACGACAAGAAAAAUGAUUCUUCUCCUUUGCCCGCCAGUAGUAGUGCAACCCCCCGCCACCACAUGUCCUCACCCAACCUUGCAUCAAACAAUGUUAGGAGGCGCAUCAGAGCCCCAUACCCACAUCGGGAUAGCCGGUCGGCGCACUCAACACCAACACACAUGUCAAGACCAUUGUCGGCAACGAAACGCUCCUCGUCGAAUUCAAAGUUAAAUAAUGGAGCGCAAGAAGGAAACACACCAGCAGCGCCGGCAACGGCUCCAGCACCAGCACCAGCUAAGAGGGCGCCGUCUCCACGCACCCCUCUACACAUGCGACCUCCAUCGCCAAGGCAACAACCCACACCCAGGACUGCUCCACUCAGAGUGCCGUCACCAAGGACUGUCGGAGGUCAAGGGUCAACUUCGGUGGAUGGAAGUAAAAGUACACCGGGCAGAGCCGCGUCUCCGAGGAACCUACCUAAACAAACAAAUGGGGAUAGACGAAAAACCAAUGAAGGCAAGAAAACACCCGGACAAGCCCCUCCAAUCAAGAAGGCCCUAACCCCACGAACAGACAUAGCCAACAAGUCCACCGUCAGCUCCCCAACUCGGACAACAUCAACACCAAAGACCACUACAACAAAAACGUCCACCACACCCAAGGGGUUACCUCGGCAGCCUAAACCUGCCGCAGUGAAGGCAGCUGCUGCUGCAGAGAAGGCAGCUGCUGCUGCAGAGAAGGCUGCUGCUGCGGAGAAGGCAGCUGCUGCAGAGAAGGCAGCAGCUCAAGAGAAGGCUCCUGCUAAGACGGAGAAUGUGGAGAAAGAAAAGGAGAAGGAGAAGACAGAGAGUAAAGAGACGAAAGCUAAAGAGUCACAGAGAGCCUUGUCUCCAACGGUCUCAGAAUCCUCAAGCGGAUCGGCACCAUCAUCAGUAGGAUCAGCCAAGGCCCAACCCCAAGAAAAACCCCAAGCCCAACCCCAGGCUCAACCCCAGUCCCAGCCAGCUAAAGACCUGACUGAUGAAGAACGUGCUAAACAAGCCUUGGCUGAGAGGAGACGUCAAGCUAGAGAGAAGGCAGAGAGAGAAGCUGAGCUGGAACGACAGAGACAAGAACAACUCAAACGUGAAGAGGAGGAGCGAAUCCGUCUUGAAGAAGAGGAGAGAAUACGCAUGGAGGAGGAGGCAAGAAGGCUAGCUGAGGAGCAUAAGAAAGCAGAGGAGGAGCGUCUUAGGAAAGCUAUUGAAGAUAAUGAAAGGAUGGAGAGGGAGGAAGAAGAGAGGAAGGCUGCGGAAGAAGCUGAAGCUCUACAGAGAGCUGAAGAGGAAAAGAUUCGUCAAGAGGAACUUAAGAAACAAGAAGUGGAACUCGCUGAGAAAUGCCGCAAAGAAAAUGAGGAGAGGGAUGCUCGCAAGAAAAGAGUAGAGGAGAUCAUGAAGAGAGCCCGCCGUGGUGCCCAGGCUAAAGAUAAGGAUGAUGCAUCUGAGGACGGAGACAGCGGUUCUGAGAGUGGUUCCGGGUCAGGCUCGGAACGUAAGAGCAAUGGUGUCAGCGCCACACUACCAAGCAGUAGUAGUCUACUCAAUAAUGAGAAGUAUCGCAAUCUACUCUUCAAUCGGAAUAAAUCGCAGCUAUCAGGCGACGAAGACGAAGAAGGGUUUGAUGGGGACCAAUUAGAGGGCGCUACAAACGGCAAAGCUGCCACUAGUUUCAGCGAUUCAGACGACGGGAACAUGUCGGUAGAAGGCCUGGAGGCUGUAGAGUCUCUUCAAGACAAAGAUAAAGACGUCCUGACUGACGACGGCCAAGGUGGGGAUGGUGGACAGGCUGAUGACGAACGAGGCUCAUCAGAUGAGAAGGAAGACAUAGGUGAAGACGUGGUACCAGACAAAGAAGAAGCUGAUUGGGCUGAUCUUAAAGACGCCUCCAACGGUGAGCCUGUGUCAACGACUGGCUUUGAAGAACAAGCUGAAUUUGAAGCAUUGCCUGACAAUGUUGACGGGGACGCAGUCGCAGACAUGGGUGUUGCUGAUGAGGGCGAGAAUCAAUCAGCCCCGCCCACUAAUGGGAACGUCGAGAGAGAAGAUAUAAGCGCUGACGAGGCUUACGAUGAGAAGAGUGAGGGGUCAUCUGGGAACGGGAACGAAGUAGAGCUCUUAGGGACAAUCAAAUCUCCAGUCAUCAAUGUGCCUGCUACGUCUGACUUUAAUAAUGCAAACGGAGAGAGCUUCAUCCAGGACCAGGACAAAGACCUCGUCACUAAGAAGUCUCUGCAUGAUUUAGAUGAGACGACCGGGAGUCUCGAAGACGGUGGUGGCACGAUCGAAGUGCUAUCACCGGAUUCCGCCAGCGACAAACUCAACGCCAACCUUGGGAUGAAGGCGGGGUUUGGUUCUGACGAUACCCAGAUGACUCUAUCCUUCUCCCCGCUGGGGGAGUUGGAGUCUAACGGAGAACAGCAACAGUCGAUGGCUGUGUCUUUGACUCCAGAAGAUGCCGUUUGAGAUUUGGCAGAUGUCUUUUAUACGACAGUAUAACAAAGAAACUAUUAAAACUAUUAUUUGGUUGUGCAUCGCCUACCUAUAAAGACUCCGAUAGGAACUUGUAUAUUACCCAUGGGAUCAGUGUGCGCACAGAAUUAUCUAGAAAGGAAUUCCGCUCUCAAACCCGUCGUUCGUACUCUCCAAGGAUCUCAAAUUGUUCUGCCGCCCCCGGACCCAAUUCCAGGUAACCCAUAGGUGGAUUCAUUUCAGCGUGGGUUAUAUUUGAUGAAAUACGCUACAUGAGAGAAAAUUAGUGAGUACAGCCGACUUUAGUUAUUACGAGGUCUGCCGAACUGGCCUGUUUCUACAGCUAUGCUUAGCUUUAAAAAAACACGCUGACAGUCGGCCAGAUUGUGACUACUGGUUGAUUUUAUACUCGGCAAUCGACCAAAGAAACUGGACGGUAUUCUUAGGAGCUACGUGGUACAUGUAUGUUCUCGUUGUGUUGUACAGAUGAGCGGGUCAUCGAAGGAACUGCAGAAUCGUUGGAUUUGGCUUCGCAUUGAAGGAACAUUCAACCAUCACUGGAACUAUCUUGGAAUAUAUCUUGGAAAUCUUAAGACAUCUCUGUGAACUACUCCCAGAUUGCCUCAUACUUGGACACAAACUUUCGAAUAGGAAUCUAAAAAUUUUAUGGAUGUACGACUGGGAUUUGUUGUAUGUGUCGAGUGGAGUUGCAAUCAUAUACAGUGGUGCUCGGAGUAAAAGCCCCCCGUUGCAAUGAUCGUCAAGAAAGUGUGGAUAAAGACAGAUACUGUGGUCAUCAACAGGCACAUGUCGUGAUCAUAGUUGGAGGACUCCCCCAAGGGUUACAUUUCUUGAAAGACUUUCGGAAGCUUUCUUGAACCAGAUGAUUCUUUGGAAGAUGCUGGAUGCAUGCUCAACCCACGAUCAUACAUAAACCACUCUUAGUACUGGGCUACUUUAUUCCUAUCACAGAUCUCCAAUCAAACGCCAUGCUAUUGAGCUACAUUAGACCAACGGGAACCCAAGAGAUUUCUGUGCCAGUAAUUUGUUGUUAAGGACUCCUUUGUUCUUGGAAACUGAUAACAGAAUAACUUUGACACGUUUCCAUUUGGCAAAAGUUUGAAAAUCAAUAGUUGGGAAACGUGGAUGGAAAACUCAUUUUCUAUUCCUCUUUCUUAAACAUAUUCGGGAAACCUUGUCAAGGAAAACUUGUGAAGGAAAACUCCAUAGGAUUCCAUCUGGAAUCCAGGCUAGAAGGAAAAAGGGUGUAAUUUCUGUACCAAGAUUUCCUUGGGUAAAGCUAUAGCUUAGUGGUUGGUAGUUCUGGAAAAUGGAAACUUCCAACAAAUACUAGUGAAGAAAAAAAAAUCCCACAUUCGUAUAAAAUUAUUCGCUGUUGUAAAAUUGCAUUGAAUGUUAAGCCUAUAAAAUGUUAUCCCUCAUUUGAGUGAAAAAAAAUUAUGGAUUUGAGAUCCUGUGAUGUCAAGUUUAUUACAAAAAAAGAAAACAUGAAAACAUAAAUUAUGCAAAAAUUGAUGUGUAUCAGUAAAGAUAUUUGCAGGAAAAAUUGAAGAAUAGAAAAUAUGGGACAGUUUUCAGUGCUUGACGUGGUGUAUGAUUGCAUAGUAUUAUACAUAAUGUGGCUUUGAUUGCAUAAAAUGCAUGUUCAGUAUAUCGGAAAGGACGAAUUUAUAAGCGCCUCUAAAUCUCUCAAAAGCUUCUGGAGAACAAGACUAACUUAACAAUAUUAACUGUGAACAAACUGGUCAGAAAUUGUAACUUCUUGGAACUGUAGCGUCCUGCUUGUUUUGCGUUUGAAUGCAGUCGUAUUUAUGGUGAAGUAUGGUGGGUUUAUAAGCAGUACAUACUGGCACCCUAGUUUCUGGUGUCGAUGCUUUUAUAUUUCAAAAUGUCACCGUUUUAUUUUGUUAUCGGUGAACGAUAUUGAUCGUUUGCGGAUGGAUUGUCAGGAUGUUAACUUCUUAGGUUUCGUUUGUGAAAUUCAUUUUGUAAAAGUACAUGUAAGCAAGAAUAAUAAGCUAAAACAAUUCAUGUGGUAAUAGUAAUAUCCAACUAACUUAUUCCUCCCAAGAGAGGGCGGGUGGGCUGGCUUGUUGAGAAAAUAACCUAGCUGUAACAAGAGAUGGCAGGCUUGUUAAGUAAUAACCUAGCUGUAACAAGAGAGGGCGGGCUUGUUAAGUAAUAACCUAGCUGUAACAAGAGAGGGCGGGCUUGUUAAGUAAUAACCUAGCUGUAACAAGAGAGGGCGGGCUUGUUAAGUAAUAAUCUAGAUGUGAACACUAGGUCUCCUUCACACACUUAAUGUAAUUGUCUCUUUUGUACAUACACUGUAAAUGAAUAGCAUUGUUUCUUCUCAAUCAUGUCUAUAGAGCAUAUGCACUGUCCGUUAUAAAUGUCCCCCCCCCCCCUUCGAAUCAAAUAGACCCUUUAUUAACGCUCUGACCUUCUUGCAAUAACCAUUAAUGGAGUGCUGUAAAGAUUGUUAAGUUUUAUCUGAAGAAUGCGGCUCUUACCAAUUAUUGCAUCACCAAAACGCACUUCGCAUUCACAUUUGAAGGAAGUACAAUGUACGAACUGGGCUUUAAGCUGUUGCUUCUGGCUGCGGCUAGCUUGAAAGCUUGAAGACAGUGUUCUUCACGCUUGGCUAUGGCUAUGCUUUGGCUAUUGCAUUUGUUGAAUGUACAUCAAUGCGGCUGCCACAAUCAGUAGCCGCAGCCAGAAGCAACAGCUUUAAAGCCAAGUUCAUACUUCCUUUGAAAGUGAAUGUGAUUUGGACUAAUGCAAUAACUGGUACGUGCUGUUUUCUUCCAACUGUUACGCAGGAAAUUUCACUUCGUACGAAGCAUUCGUAGGUAGUAUGAAUCGAGCUUCAGAAACAAUGUUAGUGGCUACAGAUACGGCUAUAUAUACACGGCUUAAUGAUAAGCCACGGCUGUUGCUUUGGCUUCUCUGCUAAAGUUUCUGUUUCACAUCCCCCAUGUUCUGUCGUUUCUUCUGCGUUUAAAGCCUAAGUAGCC